CCCUGUGUUUUUCCACAAACGGAGCUCAUGAUACCGGAUGCUCUGGUCGAGGAUUGUGAUCAGAUUUAAGGGAGAAUUCCCUGUCAUACGAGUCAGGGCUUCUUCAACUGUCCUAAUUUCCAGCUGCAAUAGAAACCAGAUCUCCACUUUAAAGAUUCAUGAGAUCCCUUACGAAACAGAGGACAGUCUAAACCAGGGAAAGUGUUUCUGUGUCAGAGAGAGCGAUGCACGAGUAUGGGAGUGGCUGUUGGUGGAAGUCAGAGCCUGAGCUGAGGCAGAGUUUGGUUCCCCAGUUAUUACCUGGGCUGUAAAAGAGUGUGUGGGUGAGUGUGGCAGGUGGGGGACCUCCACCUGCUGAAUGAACCCUGUUAGCAUCGGGCAGUACCAUGGGCUACGAGUGGGCUCAGCCCUGUUUGCCAUUGUUGCCGGCUGCAUCAUCAUCGGGGUGUCCAGGGAAUGUGAUGCUGAUGCUGUAGGAGGAAUCUUCCUGGGAGCUGGAGGCCUCGGCUUGCUCAUUUCAAUCUAUCCCUUCGUAAAAGCUUGGCUGAAUAUCAACAACAUCCUGCCAUCUUUUGGAAACUUCAGAGUUCACCCCACUGUGGCUAACGCUGAUCAGCCGGCUGAGACACUGAGACGAGAGGGCACUCAGAGUCAACUCCAACUGGAGCGCUCAAAGAGUCGAAUGGGAACCUUCGUGGAGGGAGGACCAGCUGCUGAGCCCAAUCCAGAGGAGGGGACUUCUUCAGACAUGCCAGAUGUCUUAUCGAGACGGAAAAUGAAACAGUCACCCACUGCUCAAGACCUUCCGUGAUGUCAUCAUGUCACAUGACUCCACCAACAACUCUCCCCUGGCAGCAGUAUUCUUUAAUCAACUGUUGUUAAAGCUCAACCGCAGAUUGCAGUUCCCUCUUUUUAUAUGAAUGAUGUGGUCUAAUAAACCUACAAAAACUAAAUCCAUAUUAUUUAUUUUUUUUUUAGAUUUGUUAGAGUUAAAUCUCGAAACCUGUGAUGGAGGUGAAGCUCAUUUGUAGGGGGCUUGCGUGAUGUUAAGAGUAGAAUUAAAUUGAAGGUUAGUUCCUUCAUAAAGGCAAAGCAAAGUGCGUGUGUUGUCACAAACAGCGAUAUGUAAUACGUUCACACGGUGACCUGCUCCCCCACCGUGCGACAUAAUGAGCAUAUUCAGGACGACGCAGGGAGAACAGCUGCUGCUUGGAAGGUGGUGAUGGUAGGAAGGCUGCUGUCUCACAAUAAAACAUGGCGCGCUGUGAGGAUGAAUGAUGCAGAGUUGCGUUGAUAAGGCUUAACCAACAGGUACCUGAGGAUUCAGCAGUGCCUUAAUGGUUGCCGGCAGCUUUAUUGUGAGACUUCAAACAAGAAUGCCUCACCAUGCAAUCCUCCUGCGUCACCGAGGGCAACCAUGAAUGCGCAUGUGAAGAACAUUACAGUAUUCAGGGCUUUUGUUCAAUCAGUUGACAAGAAAGCAUGUCAGUGUAGAAUUGCAUGGUGAUUACUAAAAUACACCAAAACAGACCCGUUUUAAGUACAAAGCGUUUAAUCAGGUUAAGCUGUCAUCUGUUUUUCUUUUCAUUGCUAUUUUACUGUCAGUAAUUUCAGAUUGCCUGGACUAAAAACUUACCUUUAGGUUGAUAUAAAACAUUUACUAGUUUAAUGUGUCCUGGUGCAGGUCGGCUUAUUAAUAAAUUUGAUUUAACUUAA